AAGUGAAUGUGGGCGGUUUGAGCUGGGAAUGUUCCGUGUGGCUGCAGAACAUCCAAAGUUCAACUCAGAUCUCUAAAAUGGCUGCUGAGAAGGAAAGCGGACUUCUGAGUCUGUAUGUUAACGGGCAGAAGGUGACGGUCCGAGAUGCUGAUCCAGAGACCACGCUGCUCUCCUUCCUCAGGGAAAAACUACGUCUAACAGGCACUAAGUAUGGCUGUGGAGGUGGGGGAUGCGGUGCCUGCACUGUCAUGAUGUCCACAUACGACAGUCAGACCAAGAGCAUUUAUCAUUUUUCUGUUAACGCCUGUCUGAUGCCUUUAUGUCAAACCCACGGAGCGGCAGUGACCACGGUGGAGGGCAUCGGGAACAGCAAGAGCAAACUACAUCCUGUACAGGAGCGUAUUGCAAAAGCAAAUGGCUCUCAGUGUGGGUUUUGUACUCCGGGGAUGGUGAUGUCCAUGUACACGCUCCUGAGGAACCGACCACAACCCAGCAUGGAGGACAUCACACAGGCACUCGGGGGUAAUUUAUGCCGCUGCACAGGAUAUCGUCCGAUCCUUGAUGGAUAUCGCACUUUCUGUCAGAGUGAAGGCUGCUGUCAGGUGAAAGGCUCGUCCUGCUGUUCCUCAAACACUAACGCAGCUCCUGAACAAACGCAGCUGUUCAGAAAAGAGGAAUUUCUUCCUCUGGACCCAACGCAGGACCUGAUCUUCCCUCCGGAGCUCAUACGAAUGGCUAAGAGUCAGGAACAAACCACUCAGACCUUUCGGGGGGAGAGGAUGACCUGGAUCUCCCCCGUGUCUCUCAGUGAGCUGCUCCAGCUGAAGUCUCUGUACCCAAAAGCCCCCAUUGUCAUGGGGAACACCAACAUAGGGUUGAACAUCAAGUUUAAAGGUGUCGUCCAUCCCAUAAUAAUCUCAGCAACACGGGUGAAGGAGCUGUUUGAAGUUACGCACAAACCUGAAGGUGUGCACAUUGGUGCUGGCUGCAGUUUAACCACAGUGUGGAAUGUGCUGCAGACGUGUGUGUGUUCUCACCCAACAGAACACACUCAGACAUACACAGCACUGCUGGAGCAACUGAGACACCUGGGAGGAGAACAGAUCCGUAAUGUUGCUACACUAGGAGGAAACAUUGCCAGCGCUUUACCAAACUCUGAUCUGAAUCCUGUUCUGGCUGCUGGCCGGAGCUCUGUGCUGCUGCUGUCUCACGAUGGACGGCGUGAGGUUCCUCUGGAUAAGGAGUUCUUUGUGGGAUUUGGGAAGACGAUUCUCAGACCAGAAGAGAUUGUGCUGUCUGUUUUUAUUCCACUUUCCAGAAAGGGUGAGGUGGUGUGUGCGUUCCGUAACGCUCCCCGUAAAGACAACGCUCUGGCCACGGUGAGCGCCGGCAUGCGGGUGUGGUUCAAUCACGGCUCAGACGUGGUCAAAGACAUGAGUGUGUAUUAUGGAGGAGUCGGAGCACACACACUCAGUGCAGAGAACACCACGUGUCACGUCAUCGGCAGGUCCUGGACUGAGGCGACGUUAAGUGAUGCGUACACGGCGCUGCUUGAUGAUGUCACACUCGGAGCAUCAGCUCCAGGGGGGAAGGUGGUGUUCCGCAGAUCUCUGACCCUCAGCAUGUUCUUCAGGUUCUACCUAAACGUCCUGCAGCACCUCCGAGACCAAAAUGUGAUUCAUAGUGAAAUCCCUAAACAUGAGCUGAGUGCAGUGGAGCCGCUGCCCAACUUCAUUCAGCCCGGAUUCCAGGAGUUCCAGGCCGUUUCAGAAGGGGACUGUGUGGGUCAGGCUUUGCCUCACCUCUCGUCCGUCUCACAUGCUACAGGAGAGGCCGUGUACUGUGAUGACAUUCCACACACACAUGGAGAACUCUUCCUCUCUGUCGUCACCAGCACCAGAGCACACGCCAAGAUCACCCAUAUUGAUGUGGGCGGCGCUCUGGCGAUGGUGGGCGUGGUCGAUGUGAUCACUGCUCAGGACAUUCCCGGCAGGAGAUCAGUCUCCUUCACAGGGAUGGAGGAGGAGCUUCUGGCAGAAGACCAGGUGACGUGUGUGGGUCACAUGAUCUGUGCUGUUGUUGCUGAUACCAAGCAGCACGCGAAACUGGCGGCGGCGUCUAUAAAGAUCACCUACGAGGAUCUGAAGGACCCCAUCUUCACUGUACAGGAAGCUGUGGAGAAGAGCUCUUUCUUUCCUCCUCAGAGAGAGAUAGAGAAAGGAGACGUAACCUCUGCCCUUCAGGAGACAGACCACGUUUACCAAGGAGAGCUGCGUGUGGGAGGACAGGAACAUUUCUACAUGGAGACACAGAGCAUGCUGGUCAUUCCUGUAGGAGAGGAGAAGGAGAUGAAGAUCUAUGUGUCUACACAACACCCAACAUUUCUCCAGAUGGCGGUAGCAGACACUCUGGGUGUCUCGGCUAAUCGUGUGUCCUGCCACGUGAAACGUGUCGGUGGGGCGUUUGGGGGUAAAGUGACCAAGACGACGGUGCUGGCGUGUAUCACUGCGGUGGCGGCGUGGAAAACCGAGAGGACUGUUCGCUGUGUUUUGGACAGAGGAGAGGACAUGCUGAUCAAGGGAGGACGUCACCCAGUUCUUGGAAGCUACAAGGUGGGCUUCAUGAAUGAUGGAAGAAUCACUGCAGCUGAUGUUCAAUAUUAUGCUAACGCAGGCAACACACCUGAUGAGUCCCCACUGGUAGCAGAUAGGAUUCUGCUCCACAUGGAUGCUGCGUAUAACAUCCCGAAUCUCCGGGGUCGUUCAUCAGCCUGCAGGACUAACCUGCCCUCCAACACGGCGUUCCGGGGUUUCUGUGUCCCCCAGGCAAUGGUGGUCAUAGAAAACAUGAUCAACGAUGUGGCCAUGACGCUUGGCCGGCCAGCCGAAGAGAUCCGUGAAAAGAACAUGUACAAGGACGUGUCCCUCACACACUAUAAGAUGGAGUUUGACCCAGAGAACCUGCAGCGGUGUUGGGAGCAGUGUAAGGAGAGAGCUGACAUCACUCACAGGAGAGAGAACAUCACUCACUUCAACCUGCAGCAUCGCUGGAGAAAGAGAGGCCUCGCCAUCGUACCCAUCAAAUACGGCAUCGGCUUCAGUGAGGGAUUCCUCAACCAGGCUGCUGCACUGGUACACAUCUACAAGGACGGAUCAGUAUUAAUAAGUCACGGUGGGACUGAGAUGGGUCAGGGCUUACACACCAAAGUCCAACAGGUGGCAAGUCGAGAGCUGAAUAUCCCGCUGUCUCUGAUCCACAUUUCUGAGACGUGUACGAGCUCCGUGCCAAACACGUGUCCAUCUGCUGGAUCAUUCGGCACUGACGCUAACGGAAUGGCUGUCAGGGAUGCGUGUCAAACUCUGUACAAGCGUCUCGAGCCGAUCAGACAGAAGACCCCCGAGGGCCCGUGGCAGAGCUGGAUUAAAAGAGCAUUCUUGGAGAAAAUCAGCCUGUCAGCUACUGGAUUCUACAGAGGUCACGAUACAGGAAUGGACUGGGAGAAACAGGAGGGACGACCGUACGCAUACUUCACCUAUGGAGCCUGCUGCAGUGAGGUGGAGCUUGACUGUCUGUCAGGAGAAUACAGGACUAUAAGAACAGACCUUGUUAUCGACAUCGGGAGGAGUUUAAACCCCUCUAUUGAUAUUGGCCAGAUUGAGGGAGCCUUUAUACAAGGUCUGGGCCUUUACACGAUGGAGGAGCUGCACUUUUCCCCCUCUGGGGUUCUUUACACCCGAGGUCCGGCUCAGUACAAGAUCCCAGCUGUGUGUGACGUCCCACUGCAGUUUAACGUUUACCUGCUGUCUGGAUCUGAAAAUCCGCACGCCAUCUACUCCUCCAAGGGUAUCGGAGAACCUACACUCUUCCUGGGAAGCUCUGUGUUCUAUGCUAUAAAAGACGCUGUAAUGGAGGCACGGAAGGAUGUGGGCUUAACCGGACCUUUCACCUUCGACAGCCCUGCUACUCCAGAACGAGUCUGCCUCGCGUGCAACACACACUUCACACAGAUGAUUCCAGACACAGGACGUGGACCACCACAGCUGUGGGCUCUGCAGCUGCCUUGAUUCUCAGAUCACCUUUCUGAUCAAUUUAUUACAUCACUGUAACCAAUAAAUAUCAGAGCUUCAUAUAUACCAAAGGAAAUUACUGAAUAAAUGAUUACAUUUGUUAAUUAGAUAUUUUGCCCAGAUGUUGAUGUUAGGGCAUUAACAUAUAACGUUGACAUGAUCGAAGCAUUGCGCUAUACUUUGUUAUACUGUAUGCAAAAAAAAAUGUCCUAAUUUGAGUCUGAGAUAGACCUGGUUGAGAUGGAAUCUGAGAGAGAUAGAUCUGAUUGAGAUUGAGUGUGAGAUAGACAUGAUUGAGAUUGAGUGUGAGAUAGACAUGAUUGAGAUUGAGUGUGAGAUAGACAUGAUUGAGAUUGAGUGUGAGAUAGAUAUGAGAUCCAGGUGAGGCGCGAGGUGCUGAUCUACUGGAAAUUAACUGGAUAAAUGAUUAGACGUAUGUGCUGAACAAUCACAUCUAUGUGACAAAAUGUGACAUCUGACUAACAGGUCUAUAAAUAAUGAUUAUUCAGUUACUGAUCAAUCAGAUCUGAGUCAGUUCUAUUACACAUCACAUCUUUUAUCACAUAUCAUGUACUGUUAUUGAGCGAGUAUAUAAGUGCUAUAUAAACCAAGCUAAUAAAGCUAUGUAUAUUAUAUUUGAUGAUUAAAAUAAUACAGUUUUAUGUUC